GUGUACGAUGGAACUUGCAUCAUGUUCCGAACGAUGCGAGACUUCGGAUUCCUCAAUCAAGUCCGACAGUCCUCUGCAUUCUGCCAAACAAUGGCAAUGUCAUCCUGGCACCUUGCCCAUCUUAGAUCGAGCGGAAGCAAAUCAGAUCACCUUCGGUACUCAAUGAGCGCCGUGCGGAGACUCCAGCAGCAGUUAGACCACCCACAGGACUCCUUCACGGAUGAGGCGAUAUGUGCUAUUUUAGCCUUUGCAUGUGGUGCAAACCUUGUAAAGGACUCUCGGGCGUUGAAUGUGCAUCUGGAUGGCUUAGCCAGCGUUCUUCGAAGAAGAGGGGGCCUUCAGACUUUGGACACCAAUCCUUUACUGAGGGUUAUGUUAUAUUGGGUCGACGUGAACGGAUCAUAUAUCCAGGAUAUAGUACCACGUUUCCUUCCGCCCUUUCAUUUGGUUCCAAGCGCGCAAAGCAUCCACGAAGCAAAUCUGCCACCCCAAACCGCUGACACUCCGAUUUUAUCUUGUAUACACGCGUCUGAUAAGCCCCUAGUGAUGCGAAUACAUGAAGCUAUCAAAGCUGCGCAGACUCUGAUGCGCACUGAAAGCAAGAUACGAGAUCUUUGGAGCGACACUAUCUUCCCUGGAUUCCACAUUUCGCCUAUUCUCCACGACCUCCUAUCCAUGCACCGACCUGCAGAUGGAAGCCAAACGGCUCUGGUAACUGAGGUAUUCAGACUUGGUGCGAUACUUUAUAUCACUCAAUUGAGGGGAAAGUUCGGGAUCGACAUUAUCCCUGGCCGAUUGUACGCGGACAAGCUCCGAGACAUUGCAAGAUCCACGGUCAUCGAGGGGAGGAGUGCCAGGCUGAUCUUGAUCUGGAGUCUGACCGUAGCGUCGGUCUCGUCGUCUUUGUCUCUUGGAAGUCGAACAUCGUUUGCUGACUUGCUAAAGGAAGCAGCGAGGACUCUGGAUAUCGACACAUAUGAGGAUCUCAGGGCUUCUGUGACACAGUUCCUUUGGGAUGAAGAGCUUCUAAAGGGCCAGUUAGGGAGCUUGGUGUACCUAUAUCCAACCUGA